CUGCUGGACCGGGCGUGGCGUGCCAGCUUUGCAGCUAUGGGGGCUCCUGCAGGUUUGCAGGCAGACUAUGAGACGCUGCUCAGCCGCUUCCAGGAGAUGGACAGCGUGCGCUUCGAGGACUUCACCGACCUCUGGAGGAGUAUGAAGUUCGGGACCAUCUUCUGUGGUAGAAUGAGAAAUUUAGAAAAGAACACGUUUACAAAGGAAGCUUUGGCUUUGGCUUGGCGAUAUUUUUUACCUCCAUACACCUUCCAAAUCAGAGUUUGUGCUUUGUAUCUGCUAUAUGGAUUAUAUAACACCCAACUGUGUCAACCAAAACAAAAGAUUAGAGUUGCCGUGAAGGAUUGGGAUGAAAUUUUAAAAUUUCAGCAAGAUUUGAUAAAUGCACAACAUUUUGAUGCAGCUUAUAUUUUUAGGAAGCUACGACUAGACAGAGCAUUUCACUUUACAGCAAUGCCUACAUUGCUGUCAUACAGAAUGAAGAAAAAAAUUCAACGAGCUGAAGUUACUGAAGACUUUAAGGACCCAAAUGAUCAUGUAAUGAAACUUAUCACUUCUGAUGUAUUAGAGGAAAUGCUGAAUGUUCAUGACCAUUAUCAGAGAAUGAAACAUAUAAUUUCAGCUGAUAGAUCCAAUCCAGACAAAGCCCUCAGCUUGAUAAAGGAUGAUUUUUUUGACAACAUCAAGAACAUAGUUUUGGAGCAUCAGCAAUGGCACAAAGACAGAAAGAAUCUAUCCUUAAAAUCGAAAGCUAAAGAUGGAGAAGAAAAGAGUGAAGGAAAUUCACAACAAUCAGAGAGAAGUGAAAGGGCAGAAUCAUUAGCGAAAAUAAAAUCAAAGGCCUUUUCAGUUUUUGUUCAGGCAUCCAAGUCAAGAAGGCAUCGUCAGGUCAAACUUGAUUCUUCUGACUCUGAUUCUGCAUCUAGUCAAGGACAAACCAAAGCAACUAGGAAAAGAAGAAACAAAGAGACAUUGAAACCAGCAGGAAGGAAGAUGUCUUCCAGAAACAGAGGUGACAUGCAAAAUGUACAGAGGGAAGAUAAAUCUUUAAGUCUGAGUAUGCCUGUAAUUACAGAAGAGGAAGAGGAGAAUGAAAGUUUUAGUGAAACAGAGUUCACUGCACCCAAGAGGAGAAGAAAACACAGAACAAAGAGCCUGGUGUAGAGUACUUAAUUUUGAGCUUUCUGACAGAAGAAAAGAUUCAUAUUUUGUGUAUUGAACAGGAAGACUGCCAAUAUUAAAAAUAAUUCUUCUGGGAAGCUGUAGGUAUUUCUUUGAAAUGUCAAUACUUUAAUAUAGUUCUAGAAUAAAAGUACAAAAAAAUUAGAGUAUUAUUCUAAAAUUUAAUUUUAACAUCUUUUGUGAAAUAUGCAUAAAUGAUAAAAUUUGGAUUUAGAAUGUAAUAGAAAUAAUUCUGUUAUUUGCAGAUUAUUGCUAUU